CUUUCACUCCCAACCAUCAUUUCACUGCCAAUCACACUCUUCCCACUAACCUGAGCCGCCGCCUUCGCCCUCCUCCUCGCGACAUCCCUUUCAGUGCCGACAACUAGCAACAUUGCUCUUCUCCGGAUUGCGUACCGCGGCCACUGGGCAGCAGACUUGGGCGUGUUCGGUACAUGUACCCGUACCAAGUAAGUGACAUCCCUCGACACAUCAGCACAUGCCUUUGGGUUUCCCUCCGCGUCGCAAAGGGACAACAUGCGCUCGGUCCCACCCAGGCCCUCUUGUCCUAUUGCAUCUCGUCUGAUCCUAGUCUCAGAACGGUAUGCAGCUCGCCCGUGGUCGGUUACAGCGCCCCGCCACUGGUGCACGUCGGGGGGCUCGGCUUCCUCCCCUGCCUUUCCGGCGCACUACUCGUCAAUCCGCUCGCAGCAAGUUUUUCGGGCAUUGCCAUGCUCACGUUGCUUGCUGCGUGGGCCCUUGAUAUCUCCGGCCUCCGCCCCGCGGUUCUUGCCACCCUCGUUCUUGCGACGUUCUCAUCCGUGCUCGCGUUUGCCCUCAACCUCGCGUUCAUCCUGGUGAAUGUCAUUAUUGCGGAGCUAAUCUCAGGUUACGCGCGCCAAGGUCAAGUCGGCAACUGACGGAGAGUACACCGGGCACAUCGGUAAUGCAUUCUGGUUUAGUGUUGCGGCUAUGGUCAGUUCUCACUCGGUGACGCUCAUCUCAGGCAGCUCUUGUCCUCGCACUUCGGGCAAGUAGUCUGCUUCCCCGCGUCCCCCAUGUCGUAAGUGACCCCGAUGAAAGCGUCGUAUUUGUGCACAACGACACGCAUCUUCAGUCUAUCCUCAUGG